GACAGCCUGCCAGUUCCCCCGCGAUCCUCGCCCUUCACCAGUGCUGUGCAAUCACACGCCCUCAUUCUUCCUAAACACCCCAUCCCAAGCCUAGGAGUUUACAAAAACUCCAAAAUAAUACCGCAUCCACGCACCACUGAAGAAAAAUCCCACCAUAACUUUACAUAGCGGGGCUCAGCCCAUAUCCCUAACUCACUUCUUUCAUCUCUUACCUAGCAGCCACCACAAUGGGUGCAAAGGUUCCGCGUAACUUCCGCUUACUAGAAGAGCUCGAGAAGGGUGAGAAGGGGCUGGGGGCUGAGGCGUGUUCGUAUGGUCUUGAUAAUGGAGACGACCUCCUGAUGUCGGAUUGGAAUGGUACAAUUCUUGGCCCACCACAUAGUGUCCAUGAGAACCGCAUCUACAGCCUGAAGAUCCACUGUGGCCCGAGCUACCCCGACGUACCCCCAGAGAUAUCGUUUGUAUCGAAGAUCAACCUACCGUGUGUUGAUCAGAGGAACGGAAAGGUUGAUCCCAGCAAAUUGCCAUGUCUUGUUCAAUGGAAGCGAGAGUUCACUAUGGAAACGAUAUUGAUUGAGUUGCGCCGAUAUAUGGCACUUCCUCAGCACAAGAAGCUUCCGCAACCCCCGGAAGGCUCGUCAUAUUAGGCGGAUUGACGAUUGCCAUAUGUCUAUCGUUACUAGGUGCUAUAAGGGUCGGAGUGUUGGGGAAGAAGAGUGUAUGCAGCGAUUGGCCUUCUUGAUCAUUAUGUCGUGCAUAGGUAUGGAGUUUGGGUGUGUCUAGGUUUUAGGAGCUAGAGAGAAGAUGCUUUGACUCAGUACCAACAUUCAGAAAUUGACUUCUUUC